AUGAUCCUGCCGUGUCGAACUUUCAAAAAUCGUGCGGCCCGUAGCGGAACCCCGUGUCCUCCUGAUCUUCAAAUUUCUCGAAAUGAUCCCCAAGCCCAAGACAGUAGCAAUGAACCGAAGGACAAUCUGUCUACCGAUCAUGGAGAAAAGAUUAGGAGGAGCAAGAGGCAUCACGGUCACCAGAAUAACACGUCGAAGGAUGACAUCGUCCGAUUCUGUGUCAAUAAGAGCUGUAACAACCCUAUUCCUCUUGAUCAAAGUUACAAAAAAUGUCAGGCUUGUCGCAGGACCUAUCGAAUAUCGGUCACCAAAGUCAUUCUUCUACUUUGUGCGGGCGAUGUGGUACUACUAUCCUCCCUCCUGGGUACCGCUACAAAACUUGUGCUCCAUGUCUUAACUGACAUCAUGCACGAAACGGAACCAAACCACGACAGCAACCAUAAAGAAGAGGAGAUUCCACAUCAGGUGUCGGAAAGUCAUAACCUAAAUGCAAAGGUCAAGACUACGCUUAUGCCAGCUGAGCAAGAUAACCAACAGAGAGCCAACAGUGUCAAUGAGCCGCUCAAUGAUGUGGACAGUAGUAUCAAGGACUUUGUGGACGUAAACAGCCCUGUAGACCAGUUCAAAAAGAAUGAGAAGACUUAUACCAAGCAAGAGAAUGAGCGUCUACAUAGGGAGCUUAAAGAACUCAAAUUCCAACUGUCUGCAAUGAUUCGACGUGAUAUCGCAGAGCACACUCACUUAAAUGUCUUGAACCGCCUCCUUCUCCAAACCAGAUCCGAAUACUCGCAGAACAAACUUUCACAAUCAACUGUGAAUGAGACUUUUGACAAUCUCAGCAGCCAAUUACGAGAUCUAGCUGAUAGACGUUUGGAGAACAUGCCUGUAGGACUUGGGCCCAUAUUGGACUUAAUCAAAACAUCCGAGAUCGGUAAUGACGGAGGUCCAUCCAAAAAGCAACGGCACAGCUAG